AUGUGUCACGUUGCAUCCUUGUCCUUGCAGACACUUGAGCUUCUAGCUGAAGUAGCUGUUCUUGAAGAGGAAGUUGUCUGGCUUACAGAACGAGUUGUGAAUUUUCAACAAAAUCUUUAUGAAGAAGCUGCCUAUGUUUCCUCACAGCGGAAUGUCAAAAAUUUUGUCAAUACCUCUGAUCAAACAAGGAAUGCCAAGCAAACCUCUUGGAAAUCCAAUUCACCUUCAAAGGAAAACCAGUUGGCUUCUUGUUAUGUGAAAGAUAAACCUUCCCCAGAAAAGAAAGCCACAAAAAUUAUCAGCCCAUCCAAAAAGACAAAGAUGCCAACUGAACAUGAACUUGCAGAGAAGAGCUUAGAAAUUUUGAAGUUGCAGCUUGGGUCCAGAUUAAUGGAUCAUGAAAGAGCACAAGAGAGUUCUUGUGGUGCAUCAGAUAAUGUAGAAUCUAAGACAUCAGCUAACGAAAUUUCUGAGGAUAUUGUGAAGUGUUUGUGUUCCAUUUUUGUUCAAGAGGGCACUCCGAGAGACAAAUGUAUCAAAGGAAAUGAUAUUGUUUCCAGUCGAUGUCUCUUUACGGUCAAAGCGAACCCGAUUUAUCUCAACAAAAUGGUUAACACAGUUCCCCUAAUUCACAGGCUAAAGUAUGCUGAUUUUCUUUGUAAGUUGGGGAUUAAGCAUAUUAUUUUCCUUUGAAUUUAUUCUUGUUUAGUAAUGAUGUUUAGAUACCUACUUGGAAAGCUUG